GAAUACAUCACUCAUGCGGCCAUCGGCAGGUUUAUUCGAUCUAACUGCAUGAAGAAAUCAAGCCGACAUUAACCCGUGUGCAUCGGCUGCAGGAAGGAAGAGUCUUGGAGAAGCGCUAUGCCGCGGCGGAAGAGAAAUGCGGGCAGUAGCUCUGAAGGUACAGAGGAUUCAGAUUUCUCUGCUGAGCACACAGACAGCUCAGAGAGUGACACCCACACGGUUAGAAACACCCGCCUCACUCGAUCCUCUCUGAGACUCAGCCGUAACUCACAAGAUUCCAGUCCUGUGGGGAACCCUUCUGCCCCGGUUUCAGAGGAGGUGGUGAACUAUUCCACCCGUCGUGUGACUCGUAGUCAACAGCAGGGGGUGACAGUCUCGCCCAAGAAAUACCCCUUGCGGCAGAGUCGCUCUUCUGGCUCAGACACGGAGCAGCAUGGGGAAAUCUCAGAGAGGGACAUUAAACAAAGCGCAGACCAUGAUGAGUCCCCACCCAGGACGCCCACAGGCAACGCUCCUUCCUCUGAGUCUGACAUUGACAUGUCCAGCCCAAAUGUGUCUCAUGAUGAGAGCCUGGCAAAGGAACUGUCACUGAAAGAAUCCGGCCUUGCUCACCGGCCCAAAAGACGGCGCUUUCAUGAGAGCUACAACUUUAACAUGAAGUGCCCCACACCUGGUUGUAAUUCACUUGGUAAUUGGAUUCCAGGACAUUUGACAGGGAAACAUGAAAGGCACUUCUCAAUAUCUGGAUGUCCACUGUACCAUAACCUUUCAGCAGAUGAGUGUAAGGUGAAGGCAAGCUCUCGAGACAAACAUGUGGAUGAGAGGACGCUAUCACAGCGGCAGGAUGAGAACCGCCAUUCCGCUCGGCAACAGGCCCAGACAGAGAGACAGCUGCGGUAUAAGGAAAAGGUGACAGAGAUGAGGAGGAAGAGAAACUCUGUUUCGCAAAAAGACAAGUACACGGAGCACAGACCGUCCCAUGGCAGCAGUCAUGAGCCUCUGCUGGAGAACAUCACAAGUGACUAUGACCUGGAGCUGUUUAGAAAAGCCCAGGCACGUGCUUCGGAUGAUCUUGAAAAACUCCGGCUCGAGGGACAGGUCACAGAGGGCGGCAACAUGAUAAAGGCCAUUGUGUUUGGCCGCUACGAGUUGGACACCUGGUACCACUCGCCGUACCCCGAAGAGUACGCCCGCCUCGGCCGACUCUACAUGUGCGAGUUCUGCCUAAAGUACAUGAAGAGUCAGACUAUUCUACGACGUCACAUGGCCAAAUGUGUGUGGAAACAUCCACCGGGUGAUGAGAUUUACAGAAAAGGGGCUAUAUCUGUUUUUGAAGUGGACGGAAAGAAGAACAAGAUUUAUUGCCAAAACCUGUGCCUGCUUGCCAAACUCUUCCUGGACCACAAAACACUGUACUACGAUGUGGAGCCGUUCCUCUUCUAUGUGAUGACUGAAGCUGACAAUACCGGCUGCCAUCUUGUAGGAUACUUCUCCAAGGAAAAGAAUUCAUUCCUGAACUACAAUGUCUCCUGCAUCCUGACCAUGCCACAAUAUAUGAGGCAGGGUUAUGGCAAAAUGCUGAUUGAUUUCAGUUAUCUGCUGUCCAAAGUAGAGGAGAAGGUUGGCUCUCCUGAGCGGCCUCUGUCUGAUCUUGGCCUCAUCAGUUACAGGAGCUACUGGAAAGAAGUGCUCCUGCGCUACCUGCAUAACUUCCAGGGCAAAGAAAUAUCCAUUAAAGAAAUCAGUCAAGAAACGGCUGUCAAUCCUGUAGACAUUGUCAGCACUUUACAGUCACUCCAGAUGCUGAAGUAUUGGAAAGGGAAGCACCUGAUCUUAAAAAGACAGGAUCUGAUUGAUGAUUGGAAAACCAAAGAGGCAAAACGUGGAAGCAGCAAGACUAUUGACCCUACGGCCUUGAAGUGGAGCCCACCCAAAGGAACAUAAGACAAUAAUCUGCAUGCUCUUCACUGUUUGCUGUAGUUUAGCAGGUCUUGGUCACUAUUACAAAAGCUUAACAAAUAGGAAAGCAUUUUCUUUUUACAGUAAGUUACAAGUAAGGCUGCAAUCCUAACUUUAUCGUGUUUGUCACAUGAUGCAGUUAGAACAUUUCGAACUACCUUAACUGUCCUAUUCUAGUUUUUUGAAACAUGGUUAACACAUUUCAACAUGCAUUAUAGAUCUUAUCAUCUAACUUAUUUCGAUUUGAGUACCAGUGUUUGAUACUCAAAUGGCAAUUGUUUUUACUAUUGUUUUUAGUCACAGGAAAAAAAUCUGUUGCAUCUCUUUAUUUUAGAGACUAUUUGACUGUUAAAUAUUUAUGUGAAAAAAAAAGAAAAAAAAUUAUAGUGUUUCUACCACUGAUGGUUUUGUGAGCUGAAGAGCCUGACUCUUUUAAUUGGCUUCUUAUUUCUUUUUUUAAUUCCUCUUAACCAGAUACGUAUUCCCAGCCCAUUAGCCAAAGUCAUUGCACUAAGUAAAAAGAAUAUUUUAUUAGCUCAAGUGAGUCUAACUUGUAUUUUGGAACAGACACAUUGCAGUAAAUGUGAUAUAUUUACCCUUCAUUGUCUAGUAAUAUUUCUUUUCAAAGGUCUACAACAGAAACUAUUAAGUGGAAGCUUUAUUUAGUUCAUAGCAUGUCUUGGCUAUAUAUUGCAGCAAGUGUGUAAUUUGUGAGCAGGCACAAUAGCUUAAUUAAGCUCAUAGAAUUACCAUGAUGCACUUGUAAACUCCACAUAGUGGACUUAACACAGACUAUACUAUAAUAUGUCAGUAGCAUGUGUUGCACUUGAUUUUUUCUGUCUCCUCCAAAAUUUAAUAAAUUUAGUCACUGUUUAAAUUGA